AUGGGCCAGCUCAAAAACCGGAAACAUGCUUCGCGUCCUCCGCGUCUGGACAGACACACAGAUAUCCAAGCCCCAAGUGUUCGAGCAGAGCGAGUCAAUGGCAAGGUCAAAUACACAUUGACUCCGCCAAAGGCCGGCGUCAUCACCAUCUUAUCCGAUGACGAGGAUGAAAGGGAACCUAAGCCCGGACGGCAAGCUAUCAAGCGAGAGCCGUCUCACAAUCUACCUCGCCAGAUUGGACAAGGUCGUCAGCCCUCAUCGCCAGGCAGUCGACCUCGCGUCAAGCGGGGUUUUACGCCAAGCAGGCAUGGGAGACAAGAUAUCCAAGGGCAAUAUUCAUCUGUGCCUGCUGCCUCACAUGCGAGAUGGACUCAGAACCAAGGGCCAUUGAGGCGGAACGAGGUCCACGGCGGAUCUAGCCCCCCAGACGACUCAACUCCGCCCUCAGAGUCCGGACCUGAUAGCUCCGAUUCUUCAGAAUCCGAAGAAGAGUCUGACUCCUCUUCGCAUUCAGGUUCAAACGAUGGGUCUUCAUCUGGAGGUGAAGCAGGCCGAAGCUUGUACAGACCGUCUACUCCUGCUUCCAGCAUCGGCUCAUCAACCCCACAGACACGACGAAAAAAGCAUGCCGGCACCCAAACUUCUGCCAACCCGGUAAAUGGCACUCCGUCGCGGCGUUCGGCGCAAAAUGGGGAAUCUACUGGCUCUGGUCAUGCACCGCUAGAUUUCUUCAUCGACCUUCCUGUGCGGCCCAUACGCGGUCGGCCAGACAUGGCUGCCCGAUCGAGAUCGCAUACCUCACCAGCUGUAGUGCCAACAGCCGUCCAGGCUGAUCACUCCGCUCGCUUCAACCACCACCGCCCAAACAACAGCUCUCCUGUCCUUUUGGGUUUCAUGCCCAUAAACCGUGGGCCCCCGCCAGGAAACGCACCUACGGAGCCGCGAGCAAUGCGGACUGCUCAUGUUUUCACCGAUGGCAAUCCUGUGCAGGCUACUCACCGGUCGAGUAUCUCUAGUAAUGACCCAGUGCCGUCGUCCUCUUCUCUCCCUUUUCGCAGUCUUCCACCCGCCAGGAACAAGAACCAGCAGAAGACCCAGCAAAGGCGUGGGCCGGCGCGACUAGGUCGUAUCAUGCAGACGGUGGAGCAUCCGUCCGUAGUGGAUUCGCCAGGUGCCGGGAGGCCGCUUAAUCACGGCUCGCCUCCCCUUCAGUUGAGCCCGGUAACACCACUCGCAUCCUCCCGCCGGACUGCACCCCCACAGUUGUCUCCUGGAGUUCUCAUCACACCGCGAUCCGGAUCCUCCAGUCCACUGCCUACCUCUGAGGCUCGCGAUGCUCUGCAGAGUGCAUCACGCUCACGAAGGAAGAGACGCCGCGACGAAGCUGAAGACAUGGAGUCGGCAUCCAGGGCAGCAGAGUGGAAGAGGAUGCUGGAGAGGAUGGAGAGGCAUGAGAAGGAGAUGGAGCAGCAGAGAGCCCAGCUGGAGGAGGCGAAGCGACUAGUUGCCGAGCAGAGCGCUCGGAUCGAUGAUCUCGAGCAGCAACAGCGGGUCGAGGAGCUCAUGAGAGACCUCGACAUGCAGACGCGGGCCGAAGAACGAUCUGUUCCUCCUCCAGAGGCUGUCGCUCUGGAUGUUCCUCCCCAGCGUAUUUCUCACCGCCAAUCUGAAAGACGGCAGAAGGUCCGAAGACACCGAAACGCAUCUCGCGAGGCUCGAGCACUGCUGCAGGAGCAGGAGAGGCAAGAACAGGAGACGCAGCGACUGCAGAGACAGCGACUAGAGAGGCAACGAAUGGAGCAGGAAAGACAGGAAGAGCUCGAGCUGGAGCAGCAGCUGGAACAAGAGCAGCGCCGCGAAGCCGAGCGGCAAGAGCAACGGCGCCAACGCGUGAUGCGAAGGCUGCAAGAUGAGCCCCAACGGGCUCCAGCCCAAAGACAACCCCAAAUACGAACCCAAGCGCAGAUCCAGCACCAGAUCUUCACACACCCGCUAUCAGGGCACAACCCGAAGCUCAUCUUCGACGACGACGACCGGCCGACGGUCAGCGAGGCGACGGCGUUCCUGAUGCGGCUGCCGCAGUCGUUCAUCCUGGGCAAGAUGCGGCAGCUGAUGUCCGGGCGGGCCUUCUUCGACGUGGCGCACCCGAGCGGCGCGGCGAUGGGGUGCUGGGUGGUGUCGCGGCGGGCGUCGGCGGACCUGCGCAUGCGGCUGUGCGACUCGGGCGAGCUGCACAACUUCUCGUUCGCGCGGCUGGCGGUGCGCCUCUGGCACGACGAGCAGUCCAUCUACAGCCUGCUGCAGCACAAGCACCACCAAAAGGCCGUCCACACCUGCCUCGUCGAGGAGUGCAUGCGCCCCGACCAUAUUGUUGUGGAGCCCAGCGCUGCUGCUGGGGAGCGCCGGCGGUGCAAGCGCCAGGGGAGGUGCCGCGGCCAUGUCACUAUCCACAAGGACGGCACCAGGCAGAGGCGGAGGCCGUGUAUCUUCCCUCCGCAGGGGGCCUCUAUGAGGCCGUAA